AUGCAGAAUGAUCCGACAAUCCUUUGUUCUUCUGUAACGUUACCAAUAGUUACCAGAAAGGAAAAGUCGGCAAGUACCAGCUGUGCUAGAGAUGACUACACGUUCUUCAACGGAAUCUGCUACAAGGCCUAUACCAGAAACAAGAGCUACAGUCGGGCCCGAGAACUGUGUGCCGCAGACGGCGGGAUCUUAGCCAUGCCAAAGGACGCUGACACCAACAAUUUCCUCAGUCAGCUGUGCGGUGAGGACUGUUGGAUCGGGCUGUCCGAACCGAGCGUGGAAGACCGUUGGGAAUGGGCGGACGGGUCGCUUCUCAGCGCGACGGGCUUCAGUGCCUGGGCAAGAAGAGCCGGAAUCCAUAACUCAGGAGCAAGAUCUAAUUCAGGAGAAGAGUUCAUAAAUACUGACAAUACUGUUACUAAUGGCAAACACUGUAUUCUGUUGAGGCUCAGUGGACCCAAUUGGGACGAGCGCGAUUGUACUAAAGACCACCAUUUCGUCUGUCAAUCAAAUCACGUGAUCCUCUCCCAGGUACAGACCGAGUGUAAUGUGCUGGCGAGCCCUGACCCCAUAGCUCAGGGAGCCCACCUGUACGGCACGACCAUACACUUCUCAUGCUCAUCAGGGUACACCAUGGUUGGUACAGCAGACCGGACGUGUCAAGCUAACGGCCAAUGGAGUGGCUCACAGCCUACCUGUAAUGCGGACCAGGUGCCAGAGUGUGAAGACCUUCACGCACCUCACCACGGAACGAUCAGUGGGGGCAACAAUCUGGGAGACACUGUGACCUUCUCCUGCGACCUUGGUUACCAGCUAACAGGUUCUGUCGCAAGGACCUGUCAGUCAACAUUGGACUGGUCUGGGACGGAGCCAACUUGCACCAAGGUCCUGUGUCCCGUGGUGACCACUCCCCUCAACGGACAGAUGUCUGGUAACCGCUUUGAAUAUGACAAACAUCUGCAGUUCUCCUGCAAUGAUGGUUACGAACUGGUAGGGGGCAGCUCUGAGAUAACUUGUCAGGCUGAUGGAACCUGGGAUGGAACAGUACCGAUUUGUAACAGUGAGUUCAUGUUAACCUGA